AUGAGUUCUGAGAGUAGAGAUGUUGUCAACGCCCUAUAUGCCGUAACUGUCAGUGCGCCGGCCGCGUUGGCUGUGGUGCCGGAUAUGGUUGGUGAGAAGAGCCAUUGGGUCGACUACAUUGUGAGCUUCUUGGCCGAUUUCUUGGGGGGGUGGUAUCGGUGUACUUCGCUGGUGACAUUGGCUAUUGCACAGUUCCACAUUUGCCUGAAGAAGUUGAUGGCUGGGGCCCAGAGUUUGCCCACCUUCCCGUCUGUCCUGCUUUCAAGCAAAUUGGCGAACUUCGAGGUCGCUUUGACCUUGGGUUGAUUCCUAUCGGAGCGUAUAAACCCCGACAUGUUUUGAGUGCUGUGCACUCGAAUCCGUAUGACUCUGUGGAGAUAUUCAAAGGACACAAAGUGCAAAAAGACAACGGGA